CACCUCCUCCGUCGGCACGGAACGUCGUCCAAGUCAAAGGUCAACCGAUCGACGCUCACCAUGGGAGGCGGCCAGGACGACCCGGAGGCCGGCGCCGGCGGCGGCGGCAAGACGAUGGGCCACGCCUCCUCCGGCCCGCUCCCGACGUCGGAGCCGCCGCACCUGCGGGGCCAGGCCCCCGCCCAGUACCAGUACGGCACCUUCCACCCCCCGCCCGUCGGCUACCCCCAGCCCGCGCCGCCUCCCGGAUUCGGCGGCGGCUACCACAACCAGCAGCAGCCCUACGCGCACGCCGAGCCGUACCACGCGCAGGGGUACCAAGCCGUGCCAGGUUCAGGUUAUGGGCCUGUUGCUGAAGGAAGACCCGUGAGAAUGCAUCGCCUUCCGUGCUGUGGACUCGGCAUGGGCUGGCUUCUGUUCAUUGCCGGGUUCUUCCUUGCUGCCAUUCCAUGGUACGUUGGGGCUUUUAUUCUCAUAUGUGUCCGGGUGCAUGACCACAGAGAGAAACCAGGAUAUGUAGCCUGCACUAUCGCUGCUGUAAUUGCGGCAAUUGUUAUGCUCCUUGGAUUAGCGAAACACGAAGAUUGGUGAAUUGCCAACCAGGUCUUGGCAUUGGCAGCUGUUACCGUAAAAUUAUCUUUGUCAGUUCCCAGUUACUUAGCUGGUUGUGUUUCAUGUAUGAGUAUCAUGUAUACGUAUCUGUACAUUAAAGAGUGGAGCUGCAUGGAUUAUGGGAUGUCCUCUUGUAUCUAUGUUGGGUAUUUCUACUUUGUAAUAAAAGAAUCCUACGUUUCAAGUUCA